AUGUCAGAUCAGUACAUCCAGAGCCCUCCCGGAGAUGCAAUAUGUCCUACUUUCAGUCCCGGCGAUCCCGCAGUCCUGGCGCGCAACGGGAUGGUUGCGACCAGCCAACCUCUCGCUGCCGUGACCGGCCUCCGCGUCCUGAUGGAUGGUGGUAACGCCGUCGACGCAGCAGUGGCGACGGCUGCCGCGCUCAACGUCGUCGAGCCGGCUUCUACGGGUGUCGGCGGCGAUAUGUUCGCCCUUAUCUGGAUGGCCAACGAAAAACGCGUCGUGGCACUUAAUGGCAGUGGUCGUUCUGCCGCCGCCGCCAACGCGGCAGACGUGACUUCAAUGGGUUACGACGCCAUCCCAAAAUCCGGCCGCGACGCGGGCAUGUCCGUGAGCGUGCCCGGUACGGUGCACGGCUGGGAGACGGCAAUCAAGGCUUACGGCCGAAUGUCCCUUCAGGACGUACUUCAGCCCGCUAUCGACUACGCCAUAAACGGGUACCCAGUGAGCGAGGUCAUCGCCCACGGAUGGAAGGGCACCGACACGCCGGGCGGAUUGGGUUCGGAAAGCAAGCUCAGACAACGACCGUCGGGGCUGGAGCUCCUACCCACGGGCGAAGCGCCGGUCCACGGCGACGUGGUCAGACUGCCCACCCUCGGGCGCACGCUGCAAACCAUUGCCGAGGGCGGCAGCGAAGCCUUUUACAAGGGCGACAUCUCCCAAAGAAUCGCUACGUACGUAAGGCAGUCGGGCGGCUGGCUGGUCCCCGACGAUCUCGCCGCACACCAUUCGGAUUGGGACGAGCCCAUAAGUACCGACUACCGCGGCGUGACCGUGUGGGAGUGUCCUCCGAACGGGCAGGGCAUCGGCGCCCUGAUGGCGCUCAACCUGGGGUUCGCGGACGCGCUGCGGUACGUUGCCGAUCCCCGUGUGACCGACGUGCCAAUCGACGCGCUGCUGUCCAAAGAGUACGCCGGUACCCGCCGUGACUUGAUCGGUCCCAGCCAUGUGGUGGAAAAGCCGGUGUACGGCGAUCCGCUUGCGUCGUCCGACACCGUGUACCUCACCGCUGUAGACGGCGAAGGCAACGCAUGUUCGUUAAUAAACUCGCUCUACCAGGGCUUCGGAAGCGGCCUUGUGGUUCCGAACACCGGCAUUGCAUUGCAAAACCGCGGUUCGCUCUUCUCGCUUGAUCCGGAUCACCCGAACUACCUGCAGGGUGGCAAGCGGCCUUACCAGACCAUCAUCCGCAUGGCGACGCGCGAGGGCGAGUUCUGGCUCAGCUUUGGAGUAAUGGGUGGAUUCCAGCAGCCACAGGGCCAUCUCCAGGUAAUUUCAAACAUGGUCGACUUCGGGAUGAACUCCCAGCAGGCGCUCGACGCGUUGCGGUUCGUGUGGACGUCGAAGAUUCCUGGAACGUUAGCGUCGAAGAGGACCUGCCGGCGCUGGACGAUCAAUGAACUGCGACGCAGGGGCCAUACCAUCGAGGUCAAGUCCGGCUACGACAGGACUGGUUUCGGCGGCGGCCAGGUGAUAGCCCGUGAUCCCGAAACGGGCGUGCUCACCGGAGGAUCAGAGCCUCGCAAGGACGGCGCUGCCGUUGGGUGGUGA